GCCUGCAAUAUGAGCGCCUUCCCACAGCACGCGUCCCACUGAUCACCAGAGUCACGUGUUCCCCAGGUAUAUAUAGAGCCGCCUCUGCCUCGGCCUCCCAUUCCCUGCGUGGCACCCGAAGGAGCGACGAGCGUGCAUUCCUACCAAGAAAGCCUAAAAAAGAAACGCCCAAGGAAGUGGUGACAUCAAAGCUCGGGUCACCAUCUACACUUUACAUCGCCCUACAGAACGUCAUGAGGCUGUGAAGCACGUGGCCAUGGACACUGAGAACAACAUAACAGUGACCAGGUGCUCGCCGUCCCAGCUCAAGAGAUUGUGUGCCAGCAGGGAGAAAGGCUGGUCUUUGAAUAGGAACAAGAAGAACACGAUGAAGCCAAACUAUGAUCAGAGCGACGUUCAGUGUGGCCAAGAAACGCGAAAAGAUAAAGAAGAUAAUGAUAUAAUACCAAAUAUAUCGCAUGAGUCUCCAGUAAAGGCUCAGGCAGAGAAGGAACCCGUGGCUAUGGGGAACGAAGAUAACCUGAAUGGAAAUUGCUCGUCACAGGAAGCACAAGAACCAGAUCGGAACGGUUUCAGGUCCUUAACACCCCUCAAGACAGUCCCGACCAUUUCCAGGAGUGUGUCGUUCGCUCACAGAAAUAAAGAGAACUCGAGAGAGCUUUGGGAACGACAGGAGUCAUGUCUCUCUUUGUCCUCAGCGGGAAGGGACCACAUGCCAUGGAACUCAGAAUCCUCUCGACCACACUCCUCGCUGGGCCACCCUUCCAGGAACGCCUUGAUGCCUGGAGACGGUGGCUGGCCUUCAGAGGGCAAAGUUCCUGUUAUCUUACGGAAUAAAAGAGAACUUAGGCAAUCCUCAGAGACAGCCUCUUCGACUGAGCGUAUCAAGAGGCGCAGCGCUGAGAUAUCCCGCAUGAGACUCGCUCUAGAGGAGAAGGUGAGGGCGCACCAGUCUCGACCAUCCUAUAUGAACAGCGCUUACAGGAGCAGCUGGAGUGACCUGCCGCAAAGCCCACACUUCAUCAGACCCAGAAGUCGGCCCAAGAGCGCGUGUGGCUUCUCUCACAUGGAGGACUAUUAUGAAAACGAAAACUAUCCCUUGAGUCCCCUGGAGCACCGGAACAACAACAGAAACAUUCCCCGGUGGCAGAAUUCUUGUGGGCCCGAUGGACUUGCCUCCCCUCACGGCAUGGGCAGCAAUACGCAGAGGUUGUACUCGCCUACCAAUAUCCAGAGAGACCCGGGUCCGGUCCUCUGCCAGCGGUGCUCCAGUCCAGUGAGGAUGGGGCCGCAGGAGAGUUUCUGGUCACUGUGCAGGGAGGGUGAGGACGCGCCCUCCCGCUACCACACCCCCGCAAGCUCCCCGGCGCACAGGAUGCCCCAGAUAAGGACUCCAGGAGGGAGCUUAAAACCCAAGACUGCGGAGAAUAAGGCCCAAAACACGCCGGUGCGGAUGGCGGACGGGCGGAUCAACUACUACCCGAACUGUGACGCCACGAUAUGGAUCCGCUCCUGCACCCACGAGGUCACGGAGCCGCUGUCAGGCCUCCAUCUUGGUGAGGUUCCGAAGUGGCUGCGCGGCGCCCUCAUCAGGAACGGGCCGGGGCGCAUCCAGGUCGGGGAACACCAGUACAACCACGUGUUCGACGGCUCGGCGCUCCUGCACAGGUUCCACUUCAAGCACGGGCGCGUUACGUACCAAAACAAGUUCCUCCAGAGCCGCAGUUACCUGAACGACACGCGGGCGCAGCGCAUCGUCGUCAACUACUUCGGCACCAGAGCCCACCCGGACCCCUGCAAGACCAUCCUGCAGAACAUCGCCAGCAAGUUCACUCUGGAGGAGCACUUCACCGACAACGCCCAGAUCAGCCUGUACCCUUACGGCGACAGCCUGUACGCCCUCACCGAGACGCCCUUCAUCUACCGCAUCGACCCGGACACCCUCAACACCCACGAGAAGGUGGACCUGACGCGGCACAUCUCCAUCUUCACGCACACUGCACACCCUCACGUGGACCGGGACGGCACCGUGUACAACCUGGGCCAGGGCGCGGGACCAAUGGGACCUCGCUACUACAUCUGCAAGUUCCCCAAGCCCAAGACGUCCUCCAACGGCAAGGUGAAGAGUCCCUUUGAGCAGGCGCGGGUGGUGGGCACGGUGGCGGCGCGCUGGCUGCUCAAUCCCUGCUACAUGCACUCCUUCGCCAUGACGGACAACUACUGGGUCAUCAUAGAGCAGCCCCUCGUGGUGUCCGUGGCCAAGAUCCUCAAGGUCCUGGUGAAGCAAGACGCCCUCAUCGACGCCCUGCAGUGGUGGGAGAAGGAGACGAAGAUCCACGUGGUGCGGCGGGACACAGGGCGAGUCACCAGCACCCAGUACGUCACCGAGACCUUCUUCUUCCUGCACACCAUCAACGCCUACGAGGACCGGGGCCAUAUUGUGCUCGACAUCGCCGCCUACAAGAACGCCGAGAUGCUGCACUGCAUGUUCGUCGAGGCCCUCAAGAACGCCUCCUACGACCCCACCUACGCUCAGAUGUUCCGCGGGCGGCCCAAGAGGUGGGUGCUGCCCCUCCAACCCGACAAGGACGCCAACACACACACGAACCUGGUGACGCUGCCGGACACCACCUGCCGCGGUCGCUGGAUCAAGAAGGGCGUCGUGUACGUCACCCCAGAGCUGCUCGCUGACAUCGGCUGCGAGGUGCCGCGGAUCUACUACGAGGAGUACAACGGCCGCUACUACCAGUACUUCUACGCCAUCUGCAGCGACGUGGACCACCCCAAGCCGGGCACCCUGGUCAAGGUGGACGUGGUCAACAAGCAGCACGUGGAGUGGAGCGAGGACAACGUGUACCCAUCCGAGCCCAUCUUCGUGCCCGCGCCCUUCGCUAAGCGAGAGGACGAGGGCGUGGUGUUGUCGGCGCUGCUGCGGGCGAGAGGUCUUGACAGGGAGGUGUGUCUGCUGGUGCUGGACGCCGCCUCCUUCACCGAGCUGGCAAGAGUUGAGUUUUUGUCUCCGGGACCCGUGCCCAAGUGUCUCCAUGGCUGGUUUGUCCCCGAAGGCACCCUCAGCGUACACCAGAAGGAGGACAAGACAUCCAAAACACCCGAGAACGCCGCUGAAGACAGUCCUCCGUGAGCCUGGUGACGCUGAGGGCCGUAUUUUAAGACACCAUCGCUUCUCACAUCAACUAUUUCUAAAGGUCAAAGAGGGGAUCAAUCUGUUUUUCAUGAGUGUUUUUUUAAGGUUCAUGGCACAGAAGAAGGGUCAAACUACCACCAGGGUCAUAAAACUAACCCUGGAAAGGCCUACAGCUCCCACGAAAGCCUUGUCAAAUAUGUGAACUUGGGCGACGAAAUGUUCUAAAAUACGACCCUAAGUGUUCAGAAGAAUUUUGGAACAGUGACUUACUUCGUUGUGUGCUUCUCCCUCGUCUUAUUCUCAUGGUAAGAGGAGGUAAGAAGAAGCAGACCAAGACCUAUACAAAAAAAAAAUCAAA